AUGUCAAUGUCGAAAGCCAUGGCGGCAGAAUGCAGUGGUGAAGUUUUCUUGAUGACCAUGACAAACUUGGAAGAUAAAAAACCUGUUCCGGAGGAUGGGAUUUGGUGGCAGGUUGAGUUUCCAACAUUGAUUGACGAAAAUCGACCAGCAAACAAGAAAGUCACGAAAAUCACAUACAUCCAAGUGCCCGAUCUUACAGCUGCGCAGUUCAAAAUAUUGCAAGACUUACCAGACGAUGAGAAAACACCCCCCGAGGAAAUAGGACGGGGAGAGUACUGGCCUAUGAGGCCUGGAAAGGAACAGUUAGACGAAUCCAAAGCUCUAGCUGGCAAGCAAGGUGAUUCACAGCAGAAGCGCAGCCCUACUACCAGCGAUAACCACGAGGAUUCGCAGCAGAAGCGCAGCCCUUCUUCCAUCGGGUUUGUUAAGAGAGCAGAUCGUUCGGAUACUCCAGUUUGCGCGUAUGGCGAAGAAUGCUACCCCUACCCCUACCCCAUCAAGGACAUGUACGAGUGGUAUAAGGAUGUGGCCUGGUAG